AUGAUAUCCUCGUUCGUCGGCAGCGGGCUCUGGCGCACCGCGCGUGCAUACCAGGUCUACGGCGCCAACACGAACGUGGGGAAGACGGUCGUGUCGACGAUCCUGUGCAAGGCCAUUCCCGCCCUCUCGCCCGCCGACCCGCUGCGCUUCCUGAAGCCGGUGUCGACAGGGCCGCGGGCGGACGCUGACGACCGGCAUAUCCGGCGCUUUGCGGACGGCAUCGCGACCAAAUGUCUCUUCCAGUUCGACGAGCCCGUGAGCCCACAUCUCGCGGCGCGCCUUAAGCCGUGCCCCCAAGAUGCGGAAAUCGUCGAGGCAGUAUCAAAGACACUCAAUGCCUGGGCCGAAGAGGCGCCUGGCAUCUCCCUAGUCGAGACUGCUGGGGGUGUUCUCUCACCAGGCCCCAAUGGAAGCCUCCAGGCCGAUCUUUACCGCCCGCUGCGACUGCCUGUUGUCCUGGUCGGCGACUCCAAGCUAGGCGGAGUGGCGGCGUCCAUCUCAGCGUACGAGUCUCUUGCAAUACGUGGGUACGAUGUCGAAGGUGUCAUGCUGUUCGAAGACCAGUACUACCGGAACCAUGAAUUCCUCCGAGAAUUCUUUGGAAAGAAGGGGGUUCCGCUGUAUACCUUGCCACAGCCCCCGCAGAAGCAGGAGAGCGAGACUGAAAUUGCAAAGCUAAAAGACGAGGAAGCUAUGAGAUCGUUCUACGAGAACGCAAUGAAGCAUGAUAACAUUGCUGCACUUCUUGAAAACCUCAAGCUUAAGCAUGCGAACCAUGUUGAGCGCCUAGAUUCUAUGGCGAAAAGGGCGCAUGAAGUUAUAUGGUACCCAUUCACUCAACAUCAUGGCAUGACUCCAAAGAACAUCACCGUGAUCGAUUCGGCGCACGAUGAUUGUUUUCAGACGCUGAAACCCAACGGAGAUUCAGCCCCAACGAGUGCGCCUGGGUUGCUUCAAGCAACAUUCGACGGCUCCGCAUCCUGGUGGACUCAGGGGCUAGGCCAUGGCAACCCCGACCUGGCUCUGUCUUCUGCUUAUGCUGCUGGCCGCUACGGGCAUGUCAUGUUUGCCGGAAAUGUUCACGAGCCAGCACUCGCACUGGCUGAGCUCCUCCUAAAUGUGGGACAAAAUAUUCGCUUGAAGAAGGUUUUCUACACUGACAAUGGCAGCACCGGAAUGGAGGUUGCGAUCAAAAUGGCGCUACGGGCAGCUUCUGUCCGCUACGGUUGGGAUGCAAGCAAAGAGACAGUCAGCAUCAUCGGUCUCAAGGGAAGUUACCAUGGAGAUACGAUUGGUGUCAUGGAUUGUUCAGAGCCCUCUACGUACAACAAGCGUGUGGAGUGGUAUAGAGGGCGUGGGCACUGGUUUGAUUUCCCCAAGGUGCAAAUGUCCAAUGGGGUCUGGAGUGUUACGGUCCCUGAAGAGCUGAGCGCCGCUCUCGGUGAUGAUGUGAAAUUUCCAAGUUUAUCCGCGAUUUUUGACAUCGAAGCGCGAGCAGACUCGCCGAGUGCCAAAAGAUACCAACACUAUAUCAAAGUAACACUCGAAAGAAUGGUUGAAGAGAAGGGCAUGAAAUUCGGCGCUUUGAUCAUUGAGCCUGUCAUUCUUGGCGCCGGAGGCAUGCUGUUCUCUGACCCUCUUUUCCAGCAUUCCCUAGUCCAAGUCAUUCGCAACCGCCCAGAGAUCUUCAAAUCUGGUUCUUCACCGCCCUCCACGCCAACAGAUUGGUCUGGCGUCCCCGUCAUUUUCGACGAAGUCUUCACCGGUCUUUACCGUCUAGGUAGAAUCACCUCGGCGUCGUUCCUCCAAUGCCACCCCGAUAUCACCGUUAACGCUAAACUGCUCACCGGCGGCCUCGUCCCGCUGUGCACCACCAUGGCCAGCAACGAAAUCUUCCAAGCCUUCGACAGCCCACAUAAGCAUGACGCACUUCUCCAUGGCCACAGCUACACCGCUAAUGCCGUCGGAUGCAGUGUUGGAAUGAGCGCUGUUCACACCAUGCUCGACAUGGAAGAGAGCGGCUAUUGGCGGGGCUAUGUCCGGGAUUGGGCAGGCUGCGGAGAAACACCGCCACCAACCAAAGAUGCCGAUCAUGAUACAGAGGGUGCUACGGCCAGACCAGAGGUGUGGAGUUCGUGGUCACAAAGUGUGGUGAGGGAUUUAUCAUUCGCCGAGGAGGUGGAGAGCAUCUUUGCCAUGGGCACUGUCUUGAGUAUAACCCUGAAAGACAAACAGGGUGGCGGAGGCUACACAUCGACCGCUGCUAGUGGGUUGCAACAGCACUUGCUGGCCGGAUCUGACGGAUUUAACAUCCACUCACGUGUUUUGGGAAAUGUCCUCUACCUCAUGGCGAGCAUCACGUCAAAAAAAGAAACAUUAUCAAAAAUCGAGAAGCUUCUUUGCAGAGCUUUGCUGUAA